AUGAAUGUUCUCGGUCCGUUACUUCUGGCUUUGUGCCUUGUGCACACCCAGGGUUUUAAACUAGCCGUUGAUGUUAAAACUUCCCUAACAACUGCUCAGAUAAAAUGCUUGCAAACCAAUUACUCAAUCCAAGCAGUAAUUACAAGAGUUUACAAGCCUGAUAACACUGGAAGCUUUGACGAUAACAGUGUUGGUACCAUAAACCUUUCCCAAAAAGCAAACAUGCCAGUUGAAAUAUACAUGGAAAUUAAUCCAAAUCCUGCAAUUAGACAAGGAUACGAUCAAGUCGAUGAGCUUUACAAGCAACUGAAGAAACACGGAUUCUCUUUCAGAAGAGUUUGGGUUAAGGUAACCAGUGAUAUGCCAUGGGGUUCUGACGUGACAGUCAAUCAAGGAAUGAUAAGCCAGGUCCUAGGAAGAUUACGACAAUACGGAUUUGCUGUUGGUAUCUUGACAGAUAGCUUUGACUGGGGCCUGAUCACAAAUUAUUGGACUCAAGCUGGUGAUGAUGUUAAUCUAUGGUAUACUAACGUUAUUGCUUAUGGUGCAUCUGGCGAGACUGCUGCUAACUUUAAUGAUUACAAAGCAUUCGGAGUAGCGGAUACCCCAGUAAUGAAACAGUAUGGAAUGUUUGAAAACCUCUGCAAUGUGCCAUUGAACAGGGACUGUUUUUGA